AUGGAUCCCAAUCAUAUGCUGCCGCGGCCUGGCGAACGGCAACGGCCCUCCUCUAAACAAAACCGAUUCGAUCCGACACGCGACCUCUCCUCACCGCCGUCCUAUGCGCCUCCGAGCUAUCAGAACCAUCCGCAAUCCCGCGCCGAACUCCUGCCACCCAUCCUACCGCCAGCUGCCGUUCACCAUGAUCCCGCGUCGAAUAAGCUACCCUCGUUAUCGUCCCUGACCGGCCCGCCCCCGCCCUCCCGCAACCCUCCCCCGAUCCCGACUUCGCGGCCGUCAACAUCGACUUCAAUCUCAUCCAGUGCAACCACAAAGACGGCACCUGCGUCCCAGGAACCUGCGGCGCCCGCCAUCACGCACUGGCCGAGCAUGAACCCGUUCACGACCUACUACACUCCGAGCCAUGUCCAGCAGGCUGUCCAGUCUUCUGCCAAGAUGGAUGUGGACACCACCUCCAGCGCCGGCAACAGUCACACUGGCACCUCGCCUGACAGGUUCAGGAGCACCCCCCUUCCCACAGGGUCGCCGGCCCUGUCACUCGCGGCGCGUUCUAGCACAAACACCCAGUCACCUCAACAAGAGCCGCUCUUUUCGCUCCUCACCACAUCCCACCCUUUGCUCGCGACCACCAUUGAAGGUGCCACCUCGGCCUACAAUAACUCCAAGAACUUCUCGCCUCGCUUCAAGACGAGCGCCGAGUAUGUCGAAGGCUACCUCACGCCCAUCGCGAAUACGGUUGGGUCUGUGGGCCGCGUUACUGGUGUUGAGGGUGGAGUCAGGUGGUUCCUGGGUGAAGGUCGCCGGCCUUCGGACCUUGAGGCCGGGCAGGGUAGCUCAAACAAGAGGAGGAAGGUCAGGGGCGAUGACAUGGUCGGCGUUGUCGUGGACCCCGCUGCGCAUAUACUCGCCGCCGCUGCUGUUGCCGAACAGGAAUCGAAUCGCGAUUCGUACCUUUUCAAACACGACAGACGCCUGUCGAGGGCCAGCACCAUUGAUACACUCCCCGCCUACGACGAGUCUCGCUCUCCGGCCUACACCGAAGAUGACAAGCAGAAUGCCCAGAGGGGUAGCGCGGCUGAAGCGCGCAAGUCCCGUCUGGUCAUCUCAACCUCUGGUCUAGCCGUGUCAAUGAGCAAGGAAAGCCUCCGAAGUCUGAAGUACUGCCUACGAUGGCUCCGACUGGCCAACGAUCACAUUGGCGGCGUCGUCGGCCAUCUCAAGACGACGCUUGAACAGUACGACAAGGCUGCCGGCCCCGGCCAGGAAGUCAAGGCUGAGCAGUCGCCUGACGGUGAGACUAUGGAAGCCGAUAUUCUCAAGAAUUUGCAGGCCGCCAUCGAAACCGUGUCCAAGUACGCCGGCGGAGCGCUCCCCGAGAACGCACGGGUCUUGGUCCACCGACAGAUCACCAGUCUGCCGCAGCGCUUCCGAUAUGCGAGCAUGGUCGAGCAGCAGCAGAACCAGGAGGGAGGCGAGAGGCAGCAGGAGGAGAUGACACGCGAGGGUGCCAACAGGGUGCUUGUCCUGGCCAAGGAGGGCCUCGACAUGAUCACCCAGGUCAGUGGCGUCAUUGACGGAACCAUCGUCAGCGCCGAGGAGUGGUGUGAUCGUCUCGGCAGCAAGCGCAAGGAUGAGGGCCCGAUACUACCAGAGGCACAUGUGCCGGUUGGAGACGUCAAGGCGGCAUGA